AAGAGGGGAGGUGCACUGAAGGAUUGCAGGGCUUUGGCAGCUUGCAAGGAAGGCCUUUGGUGCGGAACCCGGGAGGAGGCGGGGCGAACGCCGAGGCUGGGCUUUGUGCGGCAGAGGAGUCGGAAUUGUGCGGCUAAUUUGUGAACAGUGAUCGCGGCGCUAAGGGGCUGGACUGGUGAUGAGCAUCAGUUUCUGCUAACACCGUGGCGGCCACCACCCCUUGUUCUCCCCCGUUCCAGAAGAGCAGCACAGAGGACCUGUCACCAUCAAAGCCAUGGCUCAGGUGUCAGUGCUGUUCCACGAUGUGUACAUAGACUUCUCUCAGGAGGAGUGGGAGUGCCUGACUGAGGAGCAGAGAGAUCUGUACAGAGAUGUGAUGUUGGAGAAUUACAGCAACCUGCUCUCAAUGGUCCUGGAGUCAAGAUGUGAGGCCCAGAAGUUAUUCCUGAAGAAGGAGCUGUAUGAGAUAGAGACAGCGCAGUGGGAGAUAAUGAGGAAGCUCACGAGACAGGACCUUCAGUGCUCCAGUCUCAGCAGUGCCCGGGAAUGGCAUGGCCACCGUGAGAGACAGCGCGGAUCUCAGGAGAGACAGUUCAGCGAACUGAUCAUCAACCGUGACGACGUGCCCACUCUCAGUCAGUGCCCAUCCUUCAGGCUGCAGCAGAUUAUCAAGAAUAAAGAGAAAUAUUGUGCAAGUAAAGAAAACAGGGAACACUAUAAGCAUGGCUCCCGGUUUGCUACCCAUCAGAUCGUUCGCACCACUGAGAAGCCGUAUGAGUGUAAGGACUGUGGCAAGACCUUUAGACACCCCUCAGGGCUCACUCACCAUCACAAAAUUCACACCGGAAAGAAACCCUUUGAGUGUAAGGAAUGUGGGAAAACAUUCAUUUGUGGCUCAGACCUGACACGGCAUCACAGAAUUCACACAGGUGAGAAGCCCUAUGAGUGUAAGGACUGCGGAAAAGCCUUCAGUAGUGGCUCAAAUUUUACUCGCCAUCAGAGAAUUCACACUGGCGAGAAGCCUUAUGAAUGUAAAGAAUGUGGGAAGGCUUUUAGUAGCGGUUCAAAUUUCACUCAACACCAGAGAAUUCACACCGGAGAGAAACCCUACGAAUGUAAGGAAUGCGGCAAUGCCUUUAGUCAGAGUUCCCAACUUAUUAAACAUCAAAGAAUCCACACCGGUGAGAAGCCCUAUGAGUGUAAGGAGUGUGAGAAGGCUUUCCGGUCGGGUUCUGACCUCACCAGACACCAGAGAAUCCACACCGGAGAGAAGCCGUAUGAAUGUAAGAUUUGUGGGAAAGCCUAUUCUCAGAGUUCACAACUCAUCAGUCAUCACAGAAUUCAUGGUGGUAAGAAAGCCUACGAAGAUGAGGACGGUGGGAAGAACUUUAUCUAUAACUCACAGCCUAUUCAGCAUCAGAACUUAUAUUGGUGAUGAACCGACACAUACAUGAUGUAUGGGAAGACUCAGAACUGUCAGAGACUCUGUAGAGGCCCUCUAGACCGGAGAAUGUCGAAACAGUUGACUUGUUGACAAACUUGUUCAUCUAAGAGAAACUCAUAUUGGAGAAGCACCCUAUGAAUGCAGUAUAUUCUGGAAGCUGUCUAGUAACAGCUUGUAUUUCUUUUGACUCAGAUUAUUCAGUCUGGCAAAUAAUUGAACAGAAAACAAUGCUUUGAUCUUAAACGUAA